AUGUUUUCGUACUUCAUUCCGUUGCUGAUCAUUUCGGCAUUGUACGAUGACAGUGCCGCAAAGACGAGCUGGGAUUGUGAGCCGAAGUCGAUCAGCGCGCACUCCACCAACGAAGGCCUCUUGAAGGUGGACGUGCGAAUGGAACGCGUGGGACGCGCAGGGUUUUUCUUCACGGGAACCGUGUUCUGGAACAUCGAUAUGGAUGAGAGCGUCAUGGUGGAGCUGGAACUGUACCGGAGUACAACCGGUGCCGAAAGUGACUACAAGUUGACGCCCAUGUCCAUUCCUAGGCAGACGUUCAUAGAGUACAUAAACACCUACUACAGGGACAUGGUGAUCAAGAACCUGGGCGAAUGCUCCGACCUGCCGCGCUACGAGGACCAAUACGUGCCGCCCUGGCCCAAGAAAAACUACACCCUGACGCGCUGCACCAUCAAUGGUGUAGGGAUGCCUGAAGUCCUUCUUGCCGGGUUCUACAAGAUUAAGGCCAACAUCAGUCACCCAGAAGUGAACCAAGAAGUGAAAGCCAUUAUUAAGGUCACGCCAAAGAUGUUCUGAUAAAUAAAGUUGAAU